AUGUCUGUGCUACAGGCGAUCUUGCUCCUCGCACUCUCCAUCAGCUGUCCUGCGCAUGCUGCUGUCGUCUUACAGUCUGGAGUGAAGUACACAGUCGCUGAGACGGCCCAGCUUCAGAUGGAAGGAGGCACGUCGGACCUGAAAGCGACAGACCUCAAGAUCUACUGGGGGUCGCUGGGAGCUUGGAGCGAAGGGAAUGACAUUCUUGCAUCGGAUACCGUCAUUGAAGUUUAUCUCCCGCGCUUUUCAGGAGGAUCGAACCUCUUCGGCGCAUACAGAUCUGGCAGCGCAGAGACAAGCGUCAUGUGGAUGAAGCAAGGUCAAGUCGUCACCAUAUCCGAGAGCGUGUCCAAGCCAUGGGCAGCAGGUCUCCCUGUGUCAAGCCAGUCUUCGCUCGAGGCUGGUCCGGGGGUGGGAGGAUGCUUUGGGAUCACCCAGGACCUUUCGUCGAACGCUUUCGAUCUCAAGCAGCUCCAAGCAAACUCCUUCUCCAUGUGUCAUUGGGACUCACAGAAAGAGACGCUCCGUCUCCUCAUGUCCUCAUCGCAGCCCAUCACAGGCGUGUACAUCAGCAAGGUUUCCUUGUAUCAGAACUAUGACGUUCACGGCAAGCAGAACGGGCUGGGCCCUCUGCCGCCCAUUGGAGGGAUAGACGAGCACUGGUAUCAGCUAGCGAAUGUGGCCGUGUAUCAGGCAUCUGGAUCUUCACGAGGCUGUGCGGUGAAGGCGAUCAGUGACUUUCCGUCGACGCCUUGCACUAGCGAUCUCUUGGUGUAUCAAGUUCCCUUCGACCAGUAUCGCUCAGUGAGGUUCGGUACGGACCUGCCUCCCAUCCCUACAAGAAUUGGAGCAGGAGCCGUCGGCACCGUAGCUCCUCCAGCCUUCGUCUAUGCGGCAGCGUCAGGCAACAAUGAUGGGCCCAAUCAAGCUGUCUGCAUCACCGUCACUCUGAUCAGCUCGGCCACCCUCUUCUCGGCUGGCGUCAAUCCCACCACCAUCACUCUCACCGGACUGACGGGAGCCUCGACCACCAGUCAGCCCGUGCGGCUCUUUCAGAACAAGUGUCAAUGCCAAGGCUCAAGCCCGGUGCAGGACUUGAUGCCUGCGAGGUUUCGAACGUCCACCACCGCCAACACCGUCGGGUCAGCAGACUUCAAGGCUGACGGGACCCUGACCUUUCAGCUCAUACCCGGGCAUUACAUCCAAGCUGGAGAGGUGCUGACCUUGUCCUUCAGUCUUGUGACGGGUGCCAACCCUCAGUCGUCUCGAGACCUCAAAGUGUCAAUGUCCGGGCAGGCGUGUCUGACCAAUGACUUCUGUACGUUACCCAAGUCUGUAGCGAUCACGGUUGCGCCGACCUCGUUUGACUCGUCGUCGAGGAUCUUGGAGGUGGUGGGCAAGAAGCUGAGGGUGUCGAUGUUUCAAAGCUCAAGCGACCCUGGCUCACUGACCAACCUCUUUGUGACGCUCCGGCCCAACUUCAACGUCGAGGUAGGGUCGGUCAUCAGCAUUCAGGGCCUCUGUGGCUCGCAGAGCAACUCAGCCUAUGUCUCUCUAGUCAGCAACAGGCUCAACGGCGGGACGCCGCUGACCGACACAUGUACUGGAAACCCGACCGAGGUCGACCUCGCGGACUACUGGCCAGGCUCAAGGCUGGACUGGAGUGGCGGGGGACCUCUCAAGAUCACUGUGGCGAGCAGCUUGAGUCUCGUCGCUCGCGGUACUUACGCUCUGUCAUGGACUUGGCGGAACCUGGACUUGGCUCACCCGGCGUGCUCGAUGACUGUCAGUAUGCAGAAAGGAGGAGACGUGGUGAGCGCGGAGGCUGUGGAGAACAUCGGCAACACAUUCGGCACGGUGCUGAGUCCUGGGUUUAUCAAGUACAAGAUCAGACAAUCGACUACCCGUCCUGACGUUGCCAACUACAUCUGCGUGACGCUGAGAAGCAACUUUCGUGUUUCCACGCUCUCCAACACCCAAGGUCAGAACAACCUGGCCCAGAUUACUAUCUCAGGCCUACAGGGAUCUCAAACGACAACAGCGCUGUUCGUGAAGGCUUGUCCGUCAUACGACUGGAGCUUGAUGCAGCUACAGCCCGAGUCUGAUCCGCCAACAGCUCACUUCAUCGACAAGAUUACGGGAGGUACACUCCAUCAUACGACAAGCUGGUCGUCUGGAUCAGCCGUCCUGACCGUCAACCAGGACGAUGCUGCGAAUCAGAUGUAUUACUCCAUCCCUCAGCAGCAGGACAUUGUGUUCGCUCUCAGGCUGAAGAACCCUAAGGUGUCCAACCCUUGUCAAGCAGUGACUAUGCGCUUCUCUGGUGUUGGCCCUGGCAACCGCUUGGUCACGCAAACGGUCAACAUGGUGCAGAACCGUGUCGAUAGAGCCCUCGAGGACGGCGAGACAGAUGGAGACGUGUGCGUGCUCAAGACGUACGAUUACAGCUUCCUGACUCGAGUCAUCGCCCAGUCAACCUCGGUCGUACAGGAGAAGAACGUCAUUACUGUCACCUUGAGGUCUAACAUGGACCUGUUGAGCUCCGUCUACAGUCCUCAGAUCACCAUCUCUGGUCUCACAGGAGCAGACACAGCCGUGACGGCCUUGUCUGCUGCUGCCAUCACAAACCAGUACUUCCCCAACAUCCAGAAGUCGAGCUGGGAUAAAGCACGAGGAGUGCUUGUAGUCACUCUUGCUCCAGGAGCUUGCCAGCUGCCUGUCAAGGGUCGACCGUCUAAUUGCAUGCAUGCUGGCUGGACAUAUGCAUGGAGUUACACCUUGACGAAUGGCGUGACGGAGCAGGCCAGCCCUUCUGUCUCCGUGUCAUGUCAGUUUGCUGAGAACAAGCUGUCGAGCCCACAGCUUAUGGCGUCACCGAUGCGCAAAGACUUGCACGCUCUCUACUUGACGAGGCAGCUGCUCAACAAGUAUGACAUCGGGCAGUUGAGUCCAGCUCCUGGAGCUGUCAACCCUGUUUGCAUUACCUUGAGGCCCAGCAAGUCUAUCAAUGCGCCGACGACCUUCACUCUGACGGGCUUGGACAUGUUCUCUUCCGGUACCAAAGUAGCCUUGUACGAUCAGUAUGGGGUAUCGCCUCUUACCAGCGGGCUGUUCCAGACAGUUGGGGCUAGCCCGCAAGACAACUACGCGACGUAUGACAAGUCAACGAUACAGUUUCAGCUGGGCCCGUCAAAGUCGCUGCAGCAGAACUCCAAGUACAAGUUUUGUUUCCAGCUCACCAACGUCAUGACAGGACAAGCGACCUGCCCUCAGGUCUCGCUGACAGUAGAUUCACCGUCUGCACCUGCCGUGUACCGAGGAGCUCAGUCGUAUCUCUGCAACAAUGAUGUGACCAGGAAGGUAGCCGGCUACACGUCUGAGCCGUCAGGGUGUGCGGGCUACAUCUCAGAUCGCAAGUUCAUAUCGUCCAACAUCAGGUCGGGAUCGAAUGUGACAGGCAGCACAGUCUGGUUGACGAUGGAGCUACAGCCUAACUAUCCUCUCGCCUCGGGUCAGACUAUCACAGUCGGAUCGUUCAUCAGCAUGAAGAACGCUGGAUCAUCGGACAUCCCAUGUGCAAUAGCCAGGAACGGGCAGGUUGUAAAUGCCGCUACCAACAAGCAUCGUGCCAACGGGAUAGCGCCUCCGGCUGUGUUCAACAGCGUAUGCAAGUACCUCGACAACACGAUACAGAUCUCGUACACCGGGGCGUCAACGCAGUACUCAUCUUCCGUCUACGACCCGUUCUACAACGUCAAUGCUCGCCGGUCCAAGGGCCUGUACAAGGUGGAGGUCACAGCGGGAGGGUCAGGGUAUCAGUCUGCCAGUGUCAUCAUAUGCGACGUUACGCCUGGAGCUGAGUUCUGGACGAAGCCGACUUGCACAGCUGCUGGGGUAGUGUUUGCUGCCGGCAGCUCUGCCUCAGCAGCCGCGACCGUGAUCUCCGGCACCGUCACGUCCAUCAGCCUGACAGCGCCUGGCUCAGGCUACACGAUGCGUCCUCAAGUCUUGAUCGUCGACUCCUCGGGCUCCGGGAGCGGCGCGCGAGCAGAAGCGUUCAUCUACGAUCGCUCCAUCUACACAGUCCAGCUGCAGCUGGUCAACCAGGGCACUGCCGCCAGCGCUCAAGCUCUGACGGUCAAGUCGGGCUCAUCAUUUGUGUCUGCGACUCUAGACAGUGGUUACGAGGUCCGAGCAAAGUCCAGCAUGCAGCUCCAGGAGCAGUCCAGCAGAGAUGUCGUGUUCACGGUCACUCCCGAGCAUAACCUCUACGAAGGCGACAUGCUCCUCGUCAACCUGCCUGCCUACGACGUUGUCACGGGUCCCAUCUUCGGCGUGACCUCGUCGCCCAACCCAGCCUUCACCACCUUCACCACGCAGCUGGAGUGGGAGCUCAAUUACUACCAGGAGGAUCGCGCUCGAGCAUACAUCAGCAACGGCUGGGUGGCCGACGGGAACAGGCAUCGGUCAGGAGACGGAGACGUGGACGGCUUGUUUGUGCUGUCGCGGGAUGACGAUGGCUACAACAAGAACAAGGACCUCUGCUGGAGCCGCGUGUCCUGCCCGUGGGGCCUUCCGGACAGCGACAUGACCUUCGCGGGUCCAUCAAAGACGCUGGUGCUGACCAAGGUGACCAACGGAGCCUCGUCGUCUCUAGGGUACACACAGGACAUCUGCUACAGGAACACCAGCGUCAACCUCCUUCAACCGUCGGACUAUGUCGGCAUGCAGCUCAAGUGCCGUAACAACCAGCACACGGUGACAGCCGGCGGUCAGGUCACAAGCGUGCGAGUGCGGCACGGGGGCCUUGUGGUCAUCAACGGGAGAUACUCGGAGAGCUCGGGAGUAUCAGGAGCCGCGCCGACGUUUGUGGCAUCUGGCGCGACAGAUCAGGCGACGGGGACGCUGCUCUACCAGGUGGUGGGAGUCCAGUACGUGUCAGGCAGCUCGUUGGCAGCAGGCGACAUGAUCGUCUUCGAUUCUACCUACCAAGUCCUGCAGGCGAAUGCUACCAUCUCUUCUCUCUACAGCACCAGCCCAGCUGUGCAUGUCACUGCCCCCGGGCUGUACUCCGGAUAUCCUUAUGCGACCGUGUCUGGGAAGAACACCCAGCUGCGAGUGCUUGUCUCUGUGGCGAGUGCCAGCCUGACGUCUCAAGGCAGCGGAUACACGUCCAUCCCCACCAUCACCACCUCGCUCAAGCCAAGUGUCGGCCUGCCCUCGACAGUGCAGCAACUUGAGCUUCCAGUGUUUGACGUCUCCUUGACCAACGUGACGAGCACCGUUGUCACCCAGUCUAUCCUCGACUACAACCCAGCUAGACAGUGCUUCGUGGUGGCUGAAGAGUUUCCGACUUCCUUCUUGAGCGACUGUCAGGUCGUGCCCAAGGAGCAGGUCGGUCGGUACACCGGCAUGACAGCGAUGAUCGGGUCCAGCGAGUACGUCAUCAAGCAGGGAGCAGGCGGCGUCUACUGGGUGGCAGACCUCAAGGGCAACAAGCCUAGAAGCAUCGACCUGGCCAACAAGCCCUACACCAUCUACACGCAGCUGCAGCUGCAGGUGGCGAAGGGCAAGUGGAUCCGACAGGGCGAGAGCGUCAGCAUCAGCAUCCCCAGCUACCGGUUCAAGUCGGUCCCUAGCAACCCCAACGCGUUCGUCACUCCCUCUACAGAUGACGCCUCCAAGACCAUCCGAGAGAGGACGAGGUUUCAGUUUGCGACGCCCAUCAGCUUUCGCAACGUCCGGCUAGCGGGCGCUGCUGCUUCGCGGAUGCUUGUGCUCGGCGGUGCCAUGUCGUCAGGCGACACCUGCACCAUCCAGGGAAGUGACAUCGAGAGACCCCAGGCGUCCGACGGGGUGACGGUCAACCAUGCUGAAACCAUGACAAGCGUCGGAGGGAGCGUGCCUGUGUUUGCUCCUCCUUCUACUUGGGGCUCGGGCUAUCUCCGACCCGGGAGGUUCUACGGCACCUGUGCCUCUGGCAGGCGCUUGUCGGGCGUGUUCAUGCUCGAGGGGCAGCGGACUGGCAUCGAGCGGAUCGAGAUCGUGACUCCAGGAACAAGCUGCAGCGCUAACGUCCAGGUCACCAUCUCAAGUCCCGACAAGGACGGGGUGACUGAUGGGCUGACCAACACCCCGGUCUGUCCGUCCGACAGCUCUCUAUGCUCUCAGGCUACUGCAGUCGCGACUGUCAGCGGAGGGUCCAUCACCAGCAUCUCCCUCACCAGCGCGGGGAGUGGGUACUUCUUCCCGCCUACCGUGACGCUUACGAACCCCAGCUCCAACACGCCUUGUGACGCCUUUGCCAUCGCGCACUUGUCUCACAACUUCACCUCUCGUCUGCGGGUGACAGCUGACUCCAACCUGAUGAUGUACCACCCCCAGCGAGAUCACUUCGACUCCCUUACUGGCCUGCACUCGACCGUCUUCCCCGCGGUCGCUCUCUACAAGCGAUACGAUGCGAGGAAGUCCAACGCUGAGGUCGGAACAGGAUACGUGGCGGCGAUAGUCGUGACGUCUCUACCGCCGUCGUCUUGCACAGGACACAUCACCAUCGAGCCUCCGCCCUCAGGCAGGACCGCGAGGGCUAAAACAGCUGCCAACGGCGGCGUCACCUCGAUCGAGGUCAUCGACGGAGGGUCCGGGUACGAGUAUCCGCCAGCUGUGACCCUGCCGUGCACAGACGGCAGCGCCCGGGCGAUCCUAGGCUUCGCGACCUCAGACGUUCACAUGGCCGGCUCGAGAGCCUCCUCCUACACUGGCAUGCAGUUGGCGCUGCUGACGUCAUCGUCGAAGGCUCCCGCCUUCCGCUCUACCAUGGACUCGCCGGUGGUGGUCGGCUUCAACAAGGCUUGCAGCACUGCAGUCACGCAGACGAUGCUGAGGGCAGGCGGCUCGUGGAACAGCUCUCGAGUCACAGCAGUGACGGUCCCGCAGCAGGGGGUGUCGGGGUUUGCGUUCGGGUUCACAAACGUGAAGAUAAGCCCGUCAGCUAUCAACGCCAACGGUCUGGUCGACGCUCAUGCCGACGCCUUGGCGGUCCCCACCUGGUCCUUUCCUGUGUCGGGGUCGAGGCUUGUCAGCGGGGAGCUUGGGGUAGUGCACUACAACGGGCCUACGACCGUGAGUAAUCUCUUCAGCUGCGAUGAGUCGGUGCUGGUGUUCAGCUCUCCGCAGCGGCCAGGAGGGCAGGUGCUCAAGAUCAAAGUCUCUCAAGCUGCGGGCGCGAGCCUUCCCAGCUACGAGAUCGUACAGCAGGGUCAAGGGUACGCCAACAUCCCCAUCGUUGUCGACAUGGAGUUUAGCGUCGGAGGGGCGGUCAAGAGCUACCGACAAGACUUUGCGGACCUGAGCAGCAGCCAGCAGACGCUCUGCAAGCCUUCCUUCUUCUCGCUCAACACGGCGUAUCAGGGCACCAACGUCUACUCGGGCUUCGUCAUAGCCUCAGGCACUUCAGCACAGCAGACAGGCCUGACUCUCGACGGAGCUCUCAUCACCCACGAGGGAUACGGAUACCAGAGCUCGGGCUCCGGACCCAUCGCGACCUUCAGCUGCAGCGGAUGCUCCAGCAGCGCCUGUGCUGACAAGAGCGCCAACUCCAUCGCCAACCAGGUGUGCACUGCCUCAGAGCUUCAGGUGGAGGCGACGGUGAGCGGAGAGUGCUCGGGCUCGUGCGAGCAGUCGGUAGCGACCAGCGCCUUCUUCUCGCCCAGCAACCGCAACGGGCUGCAAGUCUGCUCGCCGGCGGACGGAGCGGCAGGAGACUACAGGACGCGCAAGACGCUGCAGAUGCGCGUGUCGAGCGGGCCGUCGGCGUACUCCUCCAGCAACGUCUACACGGCAAGACGCAGCCAGGGCUUCCAAGGCCCGCGAGGCUCCUUGAUCUUCAAGAUCACAGCUAACGAGGCGUUCGCGUCCGCCUCGCUCUGUCAGCCCCCGCGCGUCCUCGUGGAGCCUCCCCCCUCAGGCGGAGUGCAGGCAGAGGUCUUGCUCGACUACAUCGACACCAGCUCGGACCCCUACACCAACGGCCCGUCUGCGAGCUCGACAGCAGCCAGCAAGGGCUUCGCUGCCGACGCUGCUCCCUACCAGUAUGUGCUCAAAGUCAUCAACGCAGGGUCCGGCUACUUGACCGCUCCGUGCAUGAACGUCGUCGCUCUGCCCGGGUUGCUGCCGGCGUGCCCAGCUCCCACUCUUGGCGCUUACCCGAGAAGUGGGAUGGUCGCGUCUCGGGUCGAGCUCGUGAGGAACAUCUCGCUGCCAGAGCUCAACCAGGGCGCCGCAAACGUCCAGCCGACUUGCAGCAGCGGGUCGUUUGUUGUCAAGUCUCUCUGCCCGGGCUCCAACCCCUGCACAAGCGCCUACUCGCAAGCAGAGCUCAACCCGCUGCCUUCCUGCUCAGGCUCCUCGCAGUGCAGCGCAUGUGCUACGUUCCCUUGCCCCGCCCGCACCUGCGCGGCAGACAACUGUCCCUCCUACCUGUCGACAGUCCUUGAUGCCUCGCUCUCGAGCGUGGUCGCUGAUGAGGCGCUGGCAGCCAUCGGGUGGGAUGCUCGGACCCACCAGCCAGUCCUGCUCAACGCGGGCUUCGGCUUCUCUCCCAGCACGCCUAACCCGCUGAGGCUCGAGUUUCCUUCGGACGCAGGACAAGCGUAUCCGUGCGCGGAGAUUCUACUCUACUUCACCGACAGCCCCAGCUCAGACGCCCUUCAGCCGGGCCCUCUCUACUGGCCGGGCGACUUGUCCUUCGAUCAGAGCUCUGUCCGAAACCUGGCGGGCCAGGUGACCGGAGUGGACUAUCUGCUCAGACCCGGCUUCAUCAACGCAGUCUACGGCUCGUUCAGCAACUUCCCUGUCACGACUCUUGUGGCUCUCAGAGACCAGGCGGCUCGUCGGCUCCUGCAGACCUCCAGGUCGGCUGUGCUGGAGGUGCAGUCAGUGUCGGGCUUCAAGGUCGGCGACUACAUCCGGCUUGUGGAUGAAGUCCUCAUCGUGGACGCGAUCAGCGUCCAGCAGAGCACUCUCACGGUCACUCGAGGGGCGCUGAACUCCAGCAUAGCCUCGACCUUCGCCGCAGGCACCGUUGUCAGGACCUUCAACCCGGGCUCCGUGCUGCUCAAGAGCGUCGCAAGGGACGCGACCAGCAUUGAGGUGUCAAACGCCGCCAAGUUCACGUCGGGCAGAUACAUCCAGGUAGAGAAGGAGGUCAUGUACGUCACUGCCGUAGGAGCCUCGUCGUUGACUGUCCUUCGAGCACAAGAGGGGACGAUCGCAGCCAGUCAUGCCGCGUUCAAGGCGGUGGGGAACGUGCGACCCUCGCAUAAUUAUCCGAUCGUGCUGCAGGAAGCCGUGACGGCGAGUCAAACCUUCUUGACUGUAUCGGACGCGAGCCUGUUGUUUGCGGGGGCCUUCAUCCAGGUGCUGGACGAGAUCAUGAGAGUCACUUCGAUAUCCGGCGACAAACUUACCGUCCAGCGAGCGCAGGCAGGAACAUCUGCGUCAUCGCACCCGACGGUAGUGCUGGUAAAGCUGACAACUGAGGCGAGCCUGGGGCGUUCAAUCUACAGGUCAAACAUGGUACUGUUGACUACGAUCAAAUCUAGCGACACUGUCCUACGUUUGAUGGACCCAGUCAAAGACACGCAGUCAUCAGGCUUUCAGCCAGGCGACUAUCUGCUGAUCUAUCACUAUGCCUAUGAGUACUGCAUCGAGGAUUCUUGUGCUCGACGGGCGGGAUUUACCUCACCUAGUUAUGAGGCGAUGUUGGUAUUGAGCGCUGAGACUUCUACUGUAUCGGGGUAUCUCUACCAGAACCUGACGGUCCAAAGAGCUCAGUUUGGAUCAUCUGCUCAAGAGUUCUUCCAAGGGAUCUCAGUGAACUAUCUAUUCAGCCCACGUGUCCUUGAGCAGUCAAUCGAUAAGACGGCAACCAACGCAAACUUCUCAAACACUUACGGACUGCAAGCCGGAGAUCUUCUGUGGGCUCUGACAGGUGUAAAAGCCCAUGAAGGGGGCAAUUUGGGGUACAUAGAAGUGAUGGAGUAUCAGUCGGACGGCAGUGUGCGUCGAGAAAUGAUCCCUGAAUGCACGAUAUAUCAGAUUCCCUUCUCGCUUUCGCAGGCUACCAGCGUGUCAGCGGGUGCGCUUGUGCAGACAAUAGCGAAGCCUGCCUACUUCAACCCUCCAUACAUUAUCGAUUCCGAUGAUACAUGGGUAACAAUGUCGAGGACAUCCGACUUUGCAGUUGGAGACAUCGUGAGCGAUGGCUCUUCAGCUCUCGAAGUGACAGCUAUCAACACUGCAGACAGCAAAAUCACAUUAAAAAGAUUGUUUGAUGAAGAUCAAGAUCCUCCUUACACAGGGUACCUUGUGAAGAUUGAGGGUCUGAGGCUCCUCAACUCAACUCUUGACACAGACGUUAUGGACCCUUCUGACUCUGCUACCUUCAGCAUCUCCUUGCACACUCUAGUCUCAGACUUCUACUCCCCGGGUGACUUCGUGUGGAUAUGCGACGGGUCUAGAGGCUUGUUUCGAGUACAAGCUGUCGGAGAUUACUCCAUGGACGUUACUCCAUACAGUAUUAUUCAAGGAAUAUCAUUCUCAAAAGACAAAGCAGUAUUGUUCAAGUACGAGAGAUUUGACGUUCUGAACGGUGACGCGUUAUCCCCCGGUGACAGCGUCAUGUUCACGUGGGGUUAUGUCAUAUUCAAGUUGUUUGCUUCUGUCGAUCUGUUAAACACGGGUGGCACAGCACAAGUCAUCUCAUCCUCUGCGAACGAAGUCCGCCUCACCUUCACCUCAGGAGGAUAUGGCCCAGACCAUACUAUUGCAUGGUUUUAUGACGUACAUUUCACCCAUCAGCUGCUGCCGAUCUCCAAGAAGAGCUUCGCCACGUCCAAGCUUGCUCUAGACAUUGACUCGACCGUAACGCGCGUCAUCCUCUUCGACGCCUCCGGGUUCCUAGCCGGCGACAGCAUCGUCAUCGACGAUGAGAUCAUGACCAUAGACAACCUCAACGGCAACCUCCUCCAUGUCUCUCGAGCUCAAGCAGGCACCGCUGCUGCCCCUCACAAGCUCGCUGCAUCAGUCGCAUGGACCGCUCCCAUAGCCAAGACGUCCUCGCCAGUGUCUGCCGUAACUCCUAUGACUCGGCGCGACCAGCACCUGAGAUACAUUGCCCAGCAGGGCUCCAUCGCCCUUCCCAGCUCGAUCUUGCAGGCCUCCAGCAGCUACCAAGACGUCUGGGCACAGCUCGACGAGGAGAUCAUCAUGAUCCGACAGCCCGCCUCAGGUGUCGUCCCCGAGGAUGAUCGCGGGCUGAGAGGAACGUCGGCGGCUGCUCACGUGACCAACACGCCCUACAACAUCCCCAACGCGGUCUUCUCCUGGCAGCUCAACGUCAGGUCAAGUCUGCUGGGCUUGUCGGGCUUCUCAGCUCUGCCUGUGUACAGCAUGAACGCUGCUGGAGUGAUCGCAGUGUCAGGAGUCCACGUGCUGUCGGGAGGAGCCGGAGUGACAAGCCAGCCAUCCUUCCAGCUGAGCCUCAACAGGUUCAUCGACAGCGACGCCCAAGGGCAGGCGGUCGGAGGAGCGACUUACUCCUACCGCCCUCUGAUCCAGCAGACUUACCUCGGGGUCGACCUGACAAACAAGUUCACCAAGAGACUCAUCAGGCCAACUGUGACCUACCCCGUGACGUACCAGCCUUGGAGGUUCCCAGCAGACCCUCUCCACUUCCAGGACAGGAUGGACGGGUAUGACCCGAGCUCAGACAGCUCACUGCUGUCUCCUACCAACGGUUCCAACGCCAUCAACGCCAGCUCUCCGAUCCCUCACGAGCCAGGCUCGCCCGUGUUCGUGCUCGACUCCUUCGGUCAGAUGCUCGGCGAUCAGGCUGUACCCCAGCAGAGCCUGUCGGUGUCAGACGGCAGCGCGUACUCCUACUCCAUCACCAGCAGACCGUCCGUGCUGGACUCUACCUGGAGCAGCCCGGCCCUGCUCAUCGUGUCGACGUCAUCGGCUACGACAGCCGACAUGUACCUCAACGACACCAUUGCGGGCUCCUACUCCAACGGUCAGAAGUCCGCUCUGCUUUCUGCCAGCAGCAGGAUGUUCGCUUGGAAGACAGACCCGCGCAAGCUUGCUGUGAUCGUCGGGGCCUCAGCAGCAGCCAUGUCUACACAAGCAAAUGCAAGCUCGUCGACGACUCCAGCAGGAGGUCAGAACAUCGGAGCCAUCAUCGGAGGCGUCAUCGGGGGCGUGGUAGGAGCAGCUCUGCUUGGCCUGCUCGCCUACAAGCUCCUCCUGCUCAAGGCCGUCGGCAAGGCAGUAGACGUGGAGAUGGUGCCUGUCUACCUGCCUCAAGCCUAUCCUGCCCUUGACGUGGAGUACGCCGCUGCAGCUCCGAUGCCUGUUGCUACUCCAGCGUACGGCCAGCAGCCCAUGGCUCUCGGCAUAGCUCGAUACGAGCGAUCCUUUCUAUCGGAUAAGAAUGAAAAUGAUUUGUAG